GCAUUCAACACAUCACUGUAUCAUCGUAUCAAAGCAAAAUGCAACUCUUAGUCGGAAUUCUCCUGGUUAUCUGUAGCGCAGUCAGCGCAUUCUCCAAAGGAGGAUAUGGUGGUUACGGAGGUGGAUACGGAGGAUACGGAGGUGGAUUUGGUGGUGGAUUCGGAAGAGGAUACGGAGGUGGAUACGGUGGUGGAUACGGAAGAGGAUACGGAGGAUAUGGAAUCGGAGGUGGAUACGGAGGAUACGGUGGAAUCGGUGGUGGAUACGGAGGAUUCGGUGGCGGAUACGGUGGUGGAUACGGAGGCGGAUAUGGAAAAGGAAAAGUUGUCAUCGUUAAAGGAUAUGGUGGUUAUGGUGGCGGUUAUGGGGGUUAUGGUGGUGGAUAUGGUGGAAUAGGAGGUGGAUAUGGUGGUUUCGGAGGUAUUGGAGGAGGAUAUGGUGGUUAUGGUGGUUUUGGAGGCGGAUAUGGUGGUUAUGGUGGAGGUUAUGGUGGAGGUUAUGGUGGUGGAUAUGGUGGUAUUGGAGGAGGAUAUGGUGGUGGAUACGGAUACGGAAAGGGAAAAGGAUAUUAAACACAGAAUCUAACCCAGAACGGACAACGAAUGCUUUUCUUUUUUACAUUUCCGAUAUAAAAUAUAAUCGUUGCAUUUAA